UUGAGAAAAAAAAUCAGCAUAUAGAUUCAUUCAAGCUACAUGCAAAGCAUUUGUAUAUGACUGGAUUUUAAGACAAUGUGACCAUUACAGGAAACCUUUAUUUCAGAUUUUUCAAAAUUAUAAUACAAACAAGGAGAUAGCAAUAAUGCCAACUUUCUCGUGGAUGUUUGUGAUUAUUAUUCUUUCAUUAACAGAAGGGACUACUUUCUUCAAGCGACAGAACAAAAAGUGCGAAGCAGUGGUGAUGUGUCCUCAGUUUUGCUUAAAGAUCAAAGAUGAGUGCUAUAUUUGCGAGUGCGAAAAAUCAAUGAACUCAUUCAUGCAGGGCGCCAUACAACAGAUGAAACAUGAUUAUGACCCCAUUUACCAGACCGGAAGUAAAUUUGUCAAUUUAAACAUGGGAACCAAAGAUGAAACCAAUAAAAUCCAAGAACAAAAUCCAAACAUCCGGAAAUCUCCGUGGAUAAAUAUGGGAAAUUUUGAAGCAAAUACGUUUGGUGGAGUUAUGAUGGGCGGGGUAGAAUCCGUCAGUCAAACGGGGCAUUAUCUCGAGCCCAACUUUAAAGAGUUUUACAAACCAGUUGCUAUGGUUCUUCCCGGAAGAUGUCCAGAAAUGAGCUACGCGUGCCCAGGUCGGUGUUGGAAAACGGACGGGUUCAGUGGCUGUUUCCGAUGUGAAUGUGAAGACAAACAGUCAACACCAUUGCCACCCUCAUCCUUUCAAACCUUAACUAUUGCGCCAUCUAGCGAGCAAAUAACUUCCAACGUACCAACCACAAAACCGAAAGUGACAUUGGAACAAAUGACGAAACAAACUGUUGCGUCAUCGUCUGUUACCCCAACCCAACAAACAGCGUCAAAAUCUGUUAAUAUUCAACAUAUCAAGGGAAGCAUCGAGGAAACGACAAAGGAGAUGGGACCACCAACACCCACAGCUUCUAAAGAAUUUAUACCACAAAAUUUGAAUUCUCAUUCUGUCGAUAAAAACACUAAUGCCGGAGAAAAGAAUACAGUUUUAGAACAACUGAACUCGGUGUUGAAUAUGAGCUCAGGAAUGACCUUGACCUCAAAAUUUACGAAUGGUCAAGGUUCCAAUCCGUCCACUGGAAGUAGUUUAGUAGACCUUACAGGGGCUGAUUUAUUCAAGAUUUUAUUAACGGGGAUAAAAGAACGUAAAUCUCUUCAAGAGGUUCUGUACAGUUUAGCCGCAAAGGUCAACAAGGGUCACAAUGAAGAAUCCUUCGCAGGUCAGGGUCAUCAAAUUGAAAAAUCUGAAGGUCAAAUUAAACCAGAAAAAAUAUUGCUUUUGAAUAGCAGUAUAAGCGACAAAAAUGUCGCUGGUGUAUCCGCUACCGAAUUGACGUCGAAUUUCCAGAAAAUAGUUGAGAUACGCCCAAGUGACGUCACAACUACCAAACCAACAGAAUCCAUGAAGAGUUCCAAUAGUAAAGACUGCCUCGAUUUGGGCUCAUCCUGUCCCGCUGAUUGUCAAGUGACAGACCCUGUGUCUAAAUGUCCUGUUUGCAGUUGCCCAGAGCAUCAAAACGAGACACACAAGUCGGCCAUAAGUUGUGUUCCUCUGGAUGUAAGAUGUCCGAGUGGCUGUAUUACAUUGGACAGUAAUAUGUGUCCGGUAUGUGUCUGUACAGACACACAGACAGACCAAGCCUCCACCCAACCUACACCAACAACCAGCGCAAAACACGACACGACAUCGUCAGCAACCGACUCUGUUUGCAGAAUAACAGAAAAGGUUAGAAACUGCGCUUCUAGCUGCCUCAAGCUGGACGACUAUUUUUGUCCAGUCUGCAUCUGUUCCGAUGACGUCAUCAAAGGAUCCGAGACCUCAAACAACAUUUGUCCGGCUGUAGAACGAGGCUGUCCGCAGAGAUGUCUGAAGUUCGAUCAGAACUACUGUGCCUACUGCUUUUGUGAUACCUAAUAAAUGAUGAACAG